CUGGAGUAUGUUGGGUGCGUGUGGCGGGUGUGGUGCGUUCUCGAGUCGCUCCAGUUCUCGUCUCCUCAUCAACCUCACGCCACCACCAGGGUGAGUUUGGUCACGCUUGGGAGCACCCAGAAACUAGUUAAUAAACCUCAUCUCGAGGUGCCCCACUCACACUCACACUGUCUUUUCUUUCUAUUCUCAGGCAUGGCGGGAUGCUAUGUCUGAUUCUCCAAUCCAUCGUUCCUAAAUUUCAAUUCAAUAAUAACACUAAUAAUUUAAUCUGAUUUAGUUUAGUUUAGUUAGGGAUUAGGAACAUCACACCAAAAUCAAGGAUGGCAAUGGCAACACCCUCUCAGUCCCACCGUUACAUUGGGCCACCGCCUGUCCCCGGAACCUCCUUCGACUCGCUCAACCGCAUCCUUGCAGACCUCUGCACCCGCGGCCACCCCAAGGAGGGUGCUACGCUGGCAUUCAAGAAGCAUCUGGAGGAGGAAGCACGUGACCUAAGUGGCGAGGCCUUCUCUCGCUUCAUGGAUCAGCUAUACGACAGGAUCUCCAGCCUCCUCGAGAGCAGUGACGUGGCUGAGAAUUUGGGAGCUCUGAGGGCCAUUGACGAGCUCAUAGAUGUGGCUCUUGGGGAGAACGCUUCCAAGGUCUCCAGAUUCUCCAGUUACAUGAGGACAGUCUUUGAGGCCAAGCGUGACCCUGAGAUUUUGGUUCAUGCCAGUAGGGUUCUCGGCCAUCUUGCCAGGGCUGGUGGGGCUAUGACUGCCGAUGAAGUCGAGCGCCAGGUGAAAAUUGCUCUAGACUGGCUUCGAGGGAACAGAGUGGAAUAUCGGCGAUUUGCUGCUGUCCUCAUCCUGAAAGAAAUGGCAGAAAAUGCUUCAACCGUGUUCAAUGUCCAUGUGCCAGAAUUUGUUGAUGCUAUCUGGGUCGCUUUGAGGGAUCCAGCGUUGCCUGUUCGUGAGCGGGCAGUGGAGGCAUUGCGUGCUUGCCUUCGUGUUAUAGAAAAGCGUGAAACACGCUGGCGUGUUCAGUGGUACUAUCGAAUGUUUGAGGCAACACAAGAUGGAUUGGGUAGAAAUGCCCCAGUGCACAGCAUACACGGUUCGCUGCUUGCUGUUGGAGAACUUUUGAGGAAUACUGGUGAGUUCAUGAUGUCCAGAUACCGAGAAGUUGCGGAAAUUGUUCUCAGAUACCUGGAGCACCGAGACCGGCUUGUUCGCCUAAGCAUAACUUCAUUGCUUCCUCGAAUCGCACAUUUUCUACGUGAUCGUUUCGUUACCAACUAUUUAACAAUAUGCAUGAAUCAUAUUCUUUCCGUGUUGAAAGUACCUCAAGAUCGUGAUAGUGGGUUCAUUGCCCUUGGAGAGAUGGCUGGAGCACUUGAUGGGGAACUCAUUCAUUAUUUGCCGACAAUAACUACCCACUUACGCGAGGCGAUUGCUCCUCGUAGGAGUAAGCCUUCGCUUGAAGCAUUGGCUUGUGUUGGAAGUAUUGCGAAAGCAAUGGGGCCAACCAUGGAACCUCAUGUACGUGGGCUUUUGGAUAUUAUGUUUUCUACGGGUCUUUCAACUGUGCUUGUGGAGGCUCUUGAGCAAAUAUGUGCUAGCAUUCCAUCACUUCUGCCUACCAUUCAAGAGCGGUUGCUAGACAGCAUAUCUAUGGUUCUUUCUAAAUCCCAUUACCAUCCUGGGAGGCCUGCAGCUUCCAUUGGUAGAGGAACAGUGAUGAAUGUUCCGCAGCAGGUUUCUGAGCUUAGUGGUCCUGGUCUUAUACAGCUUGCUCUGCAAACUCUUGCUCGUUUUAACUUCAAGGGUCAUGACCUACUUGAAUUUGCUAGAGAAUCAGUUGUUGUAUAUUUGGAUGAUGAGGAUGGAGUUACCCGAAAAGAUGCUGCUCUUUGUUGUUGCAAAUUGGUCGCUAGUUCUUUCUCUGGCGUAGCAUGUGCUCAUUUUGGUUCUAGCAGGUCAAAUCGAUCGGGUGGAAAGCGUCGCCGACUUGUGGAAGAGCUUGUGGAGAAGCUUCUCAUUUCUGCUGUUGCAGAUGCUGAUGUUACUGUUCGCCACUCUAUCUUCACUUCUCUCCAUGGAGAUAGAGGUUUUGAUGAGUAUUUGGCUCAGGCUGACAAUCUGAGUGCAGUAUUUGCUGCUUUAAAUGAUGAGGAUUUUGACGUUCGGGAGUAUGCUAUUUCAUUGGCUGGAAGGUUAUCAGAGAAAAAUCCUGCAUAUGUUCUCCCAGCUCUUCGUCGCCAUCUUAUACAGUUGUUAACAUACUUAGAGCAGAGCAGUGCAGAUAGUAAAUGCAAAGAAGAAAGUGCGAAGUUACUUGGGUGUUUGAUAAGGAAUUGUGAAAGGCUUAUACUUCCAUACAUUGCUCCAGUGCAUAAGGCUCUUGUGGCCAGACUUGUUGAUGCUAGUGCGAAUAGUGGAAUCAUUAGUGGAGUCCUUGUGACUGUCGGGGACCUUGCCAGAGUGGGUGGCUUUGCCAUGAGGCAAUACAUUCCUGAACUUAUGCCUUUAAUAGUGGAUGCUUUAGUGGAUGGAGCAGCCGUCUCUAAACGGGAAGUGGCUGUUGCUACACUUGGUCAAGUUGUACAAAGCACAGGGUAUGUUAUAACUCCAUAUAAUGAGUACCCACAGUUACUUGGCUUACUCUUAAAAUUACUGAAUGGUGAACUGGUGUGGUCCACCAGACGGGAAGUAUUGAAGGUUCUUGGGAUUAUGGGUGCUCUGGAUCCUCAUGUGCAUAAACGGAAUCAGAAAGCCUUGCCAGGGUCUCAUGGAGAAGUUACCCGCCCGGCUAGUGAUUCAAGUCAGCAGAUUCAGUGCAUGGAUGAAUUUCCUGUUGACCUGUGGCCUUCAUUUGCUUCAUCAGAUGAUUAUUAUUCCACGGUUGCAAUUAAUUCUCUGAUGCGUAUAUUGAGGGAUCCAUCUCUUGCUAGUUACCAUUUGAAAGUGGUUGGUUCUCUCAUGUUCAUAUUCAAGUCAAUGGGUCUUGGCUGUGUUCCGUACUUGCCAAAGGUUUUGCCUGAUCUCUUUCAUACUGUUCGUACAUGUGAAGAUAGUCUAAAAGACUUCAUUACAUGGAAGCUUGGAACUCUUGUUUCUAUUGUGCGCCAGCACAUUCGUAAAUAUUUGCAAGAUUUGCUUUCUCUAAUAUCUGAACUGUGGUCAUCAUUCACACUUCCAGCCCCAGCACGUCCAGCUCUUGGAUAUCCUGUUCUUCACCUGGUGGAACAGCUUUGCUUGGCUCUCAAUGAUGAAUUUAGAACAUAUCUUCCAGUUAUUCUGCCAGGUUGCAUUCAGGUUAUUAGUGAUGCAGAACGGUGUAAUGACUACACAUAUGUGCUUGAUAUUCUCCACACUCUUGAAGUGUUUGGUGGCACCUUAGAUGAACACAUGCAUCUACUUCUUCCUGCUCUUAUACGCUUGUUUAAAGUGGAUGCCUCCGUAGACAUAAGACGUGCCGCAAUCAAAACUUUGACAAGAUUGAUCCCUCGUGUGCAGGUCACGGGUCAUAUAUCCUCUCUUGUGCAUCACCUGAAACUAGUAUUGGAUGGAAAGAAUGAUGAGCUCCGGAAGGAUGCCGUAGAUGCACUUUGUUGUCUGGCUCAUGCCCUUGGCGAGGAUUUUACAAUUUUUAUUCCAUCAAUACACAAACUUCUGCUGAAAUAUCGCCUGCGGCACAAGGAAUUUGAGGAAAUUGAAGGGCGUCUACAGAAACGUGAACCACUUAUCCUUGGGACUACAACUUCUCAAAGACUGAGCCGAAGGCUUCCUGUUGAGGUUGUUAGUGAUCCUUUAGAUGAUGUGGAGAUCGAUCCUUAUGAAGAUGGAUCUGAUGCCCAUAAACUCAAAGGCCAUCAGGUUAAUGAUGGCCGAUUGCGGACAGCUGGGGAGGCUUCCCAGAGAAGCACUAAAGAGGACUGGGCAGAAUGGAUGAGGCAUUUUAGCAUUCAACUUCUAAAGGAAUCUCCUUCUCCAGCCUUACGAACCUGUGCUAGGCUGGCACAAUUGCAGCCUUUUGUUGGACGAGAACUGUUUGCAGCUGGAUUUGUCAGCUGUUGGGCACAUCUGAAUGAGACCAGCCAGAAACAGUUGGUUCGAAAUCUAGAGAUGGCCUUUUCUUCACCAAAUAUUCCUCCGGAAAUCUUGGCUACACUUCUUAACCUGGCUGAGUUCAUGGAACAUGAUGAGAAGCCUCUUCCUAUAGACAUUCGGCUACUUGGUGCUCUUGCUGAGAAGUGUCGUGCAUUUGCUAAAGCCCUACACUAUAAAGAAAUGGAAUUUGAAGGAGCACGUUCUAAGAAGAUGGAUGCCAAUCCUGUUGCAGUAGUUGAAGCUCUUAUACAUAUCAACAAUCAAUUACACCAACAUGAGGCUGCAGUUGGUAUAUUGACAUAUGCACAACAGAAUCUGGAUUUUCAACUUAAGGAGUCAUGGUAUGAGAAACUGCAGCGAUGGGAUGAUGCCCUCAAGGCUUAUACUGCAAAGGCCACUCAAGCAACAAGUCCACAUGUUAUAUUGGAUGCUACUUUAGGUAGGAUGAGAUGCCUUGCUGCAUUGGCUCGAUGGGAAGAAUUGAAUAACCUAUGUAAAGAAUACUGGACCCCAGCUGAGCCAGCUGCUCGCCUUGAAAUGGCAUCAAUGGCUGCAAGUGCUGCUUGGAACAUGGGAGAAUGGGAUCAAAUGGCAGAAUAUGUAUCUCGAUUAGAUGAUGGUGACGAAACAAAACUGCGGGGCCUGGGGAAUACUGCUUCCAAUGGUGAUGGAAGUAGCAGCGGUACUUUUUUCAGGGCUGUUCUUUUAGUUCAUAGAGGAAAGUAUGAUGAAGCACGUGAAUAUGUUGAAAGAGCUAGAAAAUGUCUGGCAACAGAGCUUGCUGCUCUGGUUUUGGAGAGCUAUGAACGUGCAUAUAGCAACAUGGUUCGGGUUCAACAACUAUCGGAACUGGAAGAGGUUAUUGAUUACCGCACACUUCCUAUAGCAGACAGGGUUGCUGAGGAGCGACGGGCUCUUAUUCGCAAUAUGUGGACUCAGCGUAUACAAGGAGCUAAAAGUAAUGUUGAGGUCUGGCAGGCACUUUUGGCUAUUAGAGCACUUGUGCUGCCUCCUGUGGAAGAUGUUGAAACUUGGCUUAAAUUUGCUUCACUUUGCAGAAAAAGUGGUCGAAUUAGCCAAGCAAGAUCGACUUUAGUAAAGCUUUUGCAGUAUGACCCCGAAAUAUCUGCCGAAAAUGUACGAUACCAUGGCCAUCCUCAAGUAAUGUUGGCAUACUUGAAGUACCAGUGGUCACUUGGGGAGGAUUCAAAGCGCAGGGAAGCAUUUAUUAGGCUGCAGAAUUUGGCUAUGGAGCUCUCAAGUGCGCUGAGCAUCCAACCUGUUUCAUCUUCGGGCUUCACUAGUGGUUUAAGUCCGACUGUUCCCCUCCUUGCUCGUGUUUACCUAAUACUUGGAUCCUGGCAGUGGUCGCUUUCUCCUGGGCUGGAUGAUGAUUCCAUAACAGAUAUACUUGGUGCAUUUGAAAAAGCCACUCAUCAUGCAAAUAAAUGGGGCAAAGCUUGGCAUAAAUGGGCACUUUUCAAUACAGCAGUGAUGUCUCAUUACACUUUACGAGGUUUUCCAGAUUUCGCCGCUCGGUAUGUUGUUGCAGCUGUCACUGGAUACUUCCAUUCGAUAGCAUGUGCAGCAAAUGCUAAAGGUGUUGAUGACAGUUUACAGGAUAUCCUUCGCCUUCUGACACUAUGGUUUAACCAUGGAGCCACGGCAGAAGUUCAAAUGGCCCUGACGAGAGGAUUCUCUCUAGUUAAUAUCAAUACUUGGCUAGUCGUUCUUCCUCAAAUAAUUGCCAGGAUACAUUCUAACAAUCAUGCUGUGAGAGAGUUGAUACAAUCACUUUUGGUUCGGAUUGGGCAAAAUCACCCUCAGGCUCUCAUGUAUCCAUUGCUUGUGGCCUGUAAAUCAAUAAGCAACUUACGCAAAGCAGCAGCACAAGAAGUUGUUGACAAAGUUCGGCAGCAUAGUGGUGUACUUGUAGAUCAGGCACAACUUGUAUCCAAAGAACUUAUCAGGGUUGCUAUUCUUUGGCAUGAAUUGUGGCAUGAAGCACUGGAAGAAGCUAGCCGAUUGUAUUUUGGUGAACAUAACAUCGAAGGGAUGCUAAAGGUUUUGGAACCAUUACAUGAAAUGCUUGAAAAAGGAGCAAUGGAAAACAAUGUUACCUUAAAGGAGAGAAUAUUUAUUGAGGCCUAUCGACAGGAAUUAUUAGAGGCUUAUGAAUGCUGUGUGAAUUAUAAGAGAACUGGGAAAGAUGCUGAGCUUACUCAGGCAUGGGACAUCUAUUAUCACGUAUUCAGAAAGAUAGAUAAACAACUUCAAAGCCUUACAACAUUAGACUUGGAGGCUGUUUCUCCUGAAUUACUAGAAUGUCGCAAUUUGGAGCUUGCUGUUCCUGGGACAUAUCGUGCUGAUGCACCUGUUGUUACAAUUGCAUCAUUUGCGCGCCAGCUUGUUGUCAUAACAUCUAAGCAACGACCAAGAAAGUUGACAAUUCAUGGAAGUGAUGGUGAAGAUUAUACCUUCUUAUUGAAGGGACAUGAGGAUUUACGCCAGGAUGAAAGAGUCAUGCAGCUUUUUGGUUUGGUGAAUACUCUGCUUGAGAAUUCUCCAAAGACAGCAGAGAAAGAUCUGUCUAUUGAACGAUAUGCUGUGAUUCCUUUAUCACCAAACAGUGGUUUAAUUGAAUGGGUCCCAAAUUGUGACACCUUGCAUCAUCUCAUUCGAGAAUACAGGGAUACCAGAAAGAUUACCUUGAAUCAGGAACACAAAUACAUGCUCAGUUUUGCACCUGAUUACGAUCAUUUGCCACUAAUAGCUAAAGUGGAGGUGUUUGAAUAUGCUUUGAACAAUACUGAAGGAAAUGACCUGGCAAGGGUGCUUUGGUUGAAGAGCCGUACAUCUGAAGUGUGGCUGGAGAGGAGGACAAAUUACACUAGGAGCUUGGCAGUUAUGAGCAUGGUUGGUUACCUUCUUGGCUUAGGCGAUCGCCACCCCAGCAAUCUUAUGUUGCAUCGGUUUAGUGGGAAGAUUUUACACAUAGAUUUUGGAGAUUGCUUUGAAGCUUCAAUGAACCGUGAGAAGUUCCCAGAGAAGGUUCCUUUUCGUUUGACAAGGAUGCUUGUGAAAGCCAUGGAAGUCAGCGGUAUUGAGGGAAACUUCCGCUCAACUUGUGAAAAUGUGAUGCAAGUUUUGCGAACAAAUAAGGAUAGUGUUAUGGCCAUGAUGGAGGCCUUUGUACACGAUCCUCUCAUAAAUUGGCGUCUUUUCAACUUCAAUGAAGUUCCACAAAUGUCCAUGCUUACAAGCAAUCAUGUGCCUCCUGUUGUAAAUGCUGAAGAAUCUGCCCCAACUAGAGAGCUUGCCCAUCCUCUGCGUGGUGCACGGGAAAGGGAACUUCUUCAGGCUGUUAAUCAACUUGGAGAUGCCAAUGAGGUUCUGAAUGAGCGUGCUGUGGUUGUGAUGGCUCGCAUGAGCAAUAAGCUUACAGGACGCGAUUUUUCAACCAGUUCAGCGGUAUUGAACAGCUCUCUUCAGCAUGCCAUGGAACAUAGCAGCUUAAUUUCAGGGGACACACGUGAAGUAGAUCAUGCUUUAUCCGUGAAAUUGCAAGUUCAAAAGUUAAUUGUGCAGGCUACCUCACAUGAAAAUUUGUGCCAAAAUUAUGUUGGGUGGUGCCCUUUCUGGUGAAUCUCAUGGGAGCAGUAAAUAUUGUAUAUAACCUGUAUAUAGUGAAGACUCCCCGUGGAUAUUGCGAGAUCCGGUUCCUCCCUCGUAUUUAUGUAUGAUAUACACAGCAACUUGUUCAGUCCCUGUACUAGUUGGACCCCGUUUCGACCGGGUCUCUGUAAAUAUUUUUUGGAACUACGGGAUUGUAGUCAUGGUCAUUUUUUAACAUUAUGUUGGCUGUUGGCUGUUGGC